AUGGGCUUCUUCGGCCGCCUGCGCAGGCGUUCCAAAAGUCUCAGCCGUGCGGGGAGGAAGGGAAAGUCCAUCGACGCCGAGAAUGCCGUCACUUUCGAGCACAAUCGCCGUCACAACAAUCCGCUGCCUCCUCUGCCUGUCAACACCACCGGCGCCGACCACACCAAAAAGCUGCCUCCUCUCGUUCUCGCCCGUAUUCUCACCCAGGUCUGUCCCCAUGCCGCCGAUGCCAGCUAUGAAUCCUCCGAGGAGUCCAUGACCGAGGAUGGUUGUAUGCUCUGUGAUAUGCGCGACCUGGCCCACUGCGCCUUGGUCUGCAAACGCUGGUUCCUCGAGGCCCGUACCUUGCUAUACACUCACGUUCGCAUCGACCCCGUCCAUUACUGCGAACUCGAGUUGGAAUUGGCCGCCAAACGAAAACGCCGCUCCUUCUUUGAUCGUAACGCCGACCCCAUCGAUGCUCCCCAGGUGCGUCUCUCGCUGUUUAUGCGGUCGGUGCGUCAAUCGCAGGGGCUGGGGAAUGUGGUGCAGUCCUUACGCAUGCCCUACAUGACCCGCGAGGCCAACAAGGCCGAGAUCGCCCGCACCAUCUCCGUCCUGCCCAAUCUACGCUAUGUGGACCUGCCGGCCGGUAUCUACAGUGACGACCCCUCCUGCGUUGCCCUGAAGCAGGAGUUGAUGGCCCGCUGUCCGGAUCUCCGACGCAUGGCCUACCACCACGGGGCCGAGGGGAGCUUCUCUCAGCUGUCCAGGUCGCCGCCCUGGACGAACCUGGAGAUUCUGGAAUUGUCCGGGCUGCAUUUCGAGUCGAGUAUCCUGCGGCGUGGUCUGGCCUCGUUCCCGAGACUCCACGACCUGACGCUGGAGGAUCUUCCGUGGCUGGACGACGACGCCCUGACCCCCUCCAAGUCCCUGCCCCCAUUCCCUGCCGUGCAGCGGCUCACUUUGCGCGAUAUCCCCAACGUAACGGCAGGCGGGCUUGUCGCCUACCUGUCGAUCCCGGCGCAUCGCAAGGCCCUGCGCUACCUGACCCUGUCCAACACAGGCGUGCUUCCGUCGACCCUGCAUCAGAUCCUGUCCUCCGCCCCCCAGCUGCUGGCCAUGUCGGUGAUCCAGGCGGUGACGCGAUCCUUCCCCACCGAUCCGGUGCCGCCGAUCGCGUCGCGAACACUGGAGUCCCUACACUACGAGGUGUCCUCCGAGCCGGGGCAGUAUGGGAUGCCUCCCGUAGCGGGGUCGUACUACACGUAUCUCGUGUCGUGUCUGAUGUCCAAGUCACUGCCGGCGCUGCGGGAUCUGUACGUGCGCGACUCCAGCUUCCCCGAGACGCUGCUGCUGGCGCCUCCGCCGCGACUGUUCGGAGGGGGCGAGAGCGGACCGCAACAGCCGGAUGGCGUGCUGAUGCAGCCACUAAACGUGUACAGCAAGGGACUGGAUGAGCUGGAGUGGAACUUCACGCCGUACGAGCCGCCGUCGUCGCACGGCCGACGGGACAGCGUCACGCGGCCGAUCAGUCUGCACGACGCGCAGCUGAGUCGUACGUGGGGGGGAGAUGCGAGGAAGAGCGUGUUGGUGGGCAACGGCUUUGGCGGGUUCCUGGCUGUGCCGGUGGAUGACGAGCGGCCAAAAAGCAGUGGAGGGUGGAAACGCGAUAGUCGACAGGAUUUGUGGCGGUAG